CCGACAGUCUGGCAACGCUGCUCUCAAAUCUAAAAGUUCCGUUAUGCCGCCAUUAUUCCCAUUUUAUUUGUUUUCGCUUUUUCAUUCGCAAUGCCAGCGCCUUGAUCUCCGGAAUAUUUGUUCGUUUCUGUUUUAAACACAAUAAUUUAAUAAUCAUGGAGAACCGCUCCGCAGAGGAUGGCGUCUUCGUGAUCAGCGAAAAACGCGGACAAAUCCAGCAGCAACCAGAAAUGGAGAGACUCUUUAAACUGCACUGGCUGAGUGAUUAUGCCGAAGACAUAUUCCAAACCAUGAUGGAGCAGGAGCUACGUCGCCGUCCAAUGUUCUUCCUUUCGACGCAACUGGAUCAGCGCCAAAAAAUGGUCUAUAUCAUGCAAACGGCAACGCGUGCGCACAAGCUCAGUCGCUGCGCACUUCAUUUAGGAUUGUACUAUAUGGAUCGCUUCCUCGACUACUACAGAAUCCGCCCGGACAAGCUGCAACUGGUGGCGCUCACCUGUCUCCACAUAGCCGCUCAGAUCGAGAACGCCGAUGCCUGUAUUCCGCGCUACAGUGAGAUGAACGAGCUGGUCAAGAAUGCCUACACUGCCUUCGAGUACAAGGCCGUGGAGCGUAAGAUCCUUUGCUUCAUGGAGUUCGAACUGGUGCGUCCCACCACUGCCAGUUUCGUGGAGCUCUUCGCUUGCAGUUUCCUCACCCGCGAUGACUUUGCGGCCUACGACGAAAUGAUGACUAACUACGACCGGGAUUUGUCUGUCGCUUCGCCGUAUCCGCGUUACCAUAACUUUGAACAAAUGCUUAGCUCCCUGGCCCAGUUGCUGCUCCGGCUGUCGGACUAUACACUGAGCAUUACUUCAUUUUGUAAUGAACCGCCUUCGCUGCUGGCCGCCACCUGCAUUGCAACAGUGCGACAAGUAAGCGGCCUGAAGCGCUGGACGCCCUACCUCAGGAAGCUGACCUCCUACAGCGAGGCCCAGGUGGAGCCCUACUCCGACAUACUCAGUAUGCAUCACUACUACGAGACCAACAAGGUGGACCAAGUCGAAACUCCCAAGCCGCCGGAGGAACCUCCGGCUUGCGAACAAUCUUCCGGGCAAAAUAACCAGAACUGGUCUAGUCCUGAUUCAGGAUUCGAGGAGGCGAUGGUGCCGCACUCUGAAAUACUAUUGCUAGAGGGAAGUCCCACCGGGGAGGUUAAGAACUACAACAUCAUAACCGUUCAGCUGCAGGAUCCAGCCACGAACACCCUCCUUCCCACGAGCCCGCCCGACGAGCCACAGAAAACUCUUAAGCGCCGCCACAAUCUCAUUAAUGUGGAGAGCCAUUCUCGUCCUCCUAAGAAGCACAAGCUCGAAAGCAAACAAAAACAGAUAUUAGAUUUAUAAAAGUAACAGUUAGCGAGGGAACAUUACUAUUUGGAGAAUACAAAUAGCCUAUAAGUUCAGCCUAGUUAAGAUGCCCUCGAUAUGAGCGCCAGUUCAACUGCGUUGAACCCCCAGCCGUAUAGAGUGAAAAGUUCAAAGCGUAUAUAGAUCUUUAUAUAAUGUGUAUUUAAUAUAUAAUUGAAAUUAUCCUAUCAACUUAUCGGUUACCAUAAGUCAUAAACUCAACAACAAAGAAGCAUUAUUAACUAAAAAAAAAACAAUAAGGACAAGUUUUUUAAUUUUCUACAAAAAAUAAAUGGCUGGUUUUCAAAUUCAUCAGA